UGUAAUUCAGGGCCUCUUACCUCCUUAUGUUCCUUGGAAUGCAUGAGCUUAUUCAAGCAGAACAGGGGUUCAGAAUCGACCCAACCCAGAUAUUAUCGAUGAGUGCGAAGGCUCGUGUAUCGGGCAUACAAUGGGCGCCCCCCGGUCAGGGAAAUCGCAUGUCUGGGUAGCUGGUUCAGCUUGUUUGCCCGCUACAACAGGUGCUGCAUGCACAGCAUGUUUUAUUUCACAAGUCAAGUUUCCCGAGUCAUCAUGAAAUUCCUUGCGCUUCGUGUCUCGAAGUUUGACGUGCCAGACCAAUCGUCCUUUCCUUCCAUCCUUGGCUUCCUUCGAUCUCGUUCCGUGCGCUUUAAGCACUUUUUCCCUGAACUCCUCUUCUUUCGCGAAUUAUUCUCCCAGGAUUUUCCGCCCAACACAUGUUCUUGGGUGAUUCGGCACUCGAACCCGUAUGCAUUCUCCAACUCUUGUCUUGGAUUGGCUCCCUCACUCGCUUACUUGAUGCAUACAUCCGCACUAGCAUCUGUAUUUUUCCUUUCCCUUUGUGACGGCUUUCGGGCCCUAAGCGGCACUCAACUCAGCGAACGCGCAGCGCGGGCCCGGUCAACCUUCGCCUGCUUCCUCACCCGGCUCGAACCCCUCCUACGUGGGAGUAUCGGACGAGGGUCUAUUCGGACAUCUGGUGUCGGUCUGGCCGAGUGUGGUCGCACGCAUUGCAUGCUGUAGCCCAAUGAUACUUGUUCCCAAGUUCAUCUUACAUGUCAUAUCUUUCACCGCUAGAUCUUCAUCAUGCACCAAUAUUUUGAGCAUUUACAUAUCAUUCCCCGUGCUACACUGUUCUCACUAUAUUGGCAUUGUAAAGAACUCACACUGUACGCAAAACGUUCUCCUUCAAAAUCGACAAUGGCAAAUCAUAAACGAUCAAAGUCAUCCAUCUACCUGUCGAUUCCAAAACGUUCUCCCCGCUUCAUUUCACCGGUUCGCUUGAAUACUGGGUCACGGUAUACGAGUCUUUUUGGUCGCUCAUCGGAUUUGCCUUGUGGAUUGACACAGAUGUGACAACACGUGUCUGCAACGCGCUCUAAUUGCCCAUGGGCAUGCAUGACUGCAGAACCCUCAAUUUGCGUACCCAAUGGAGUCGCCUGGCCUAGGUCUACAUACUAGAUCUUUUGGACAUGCUCGUGCUCAUCUGGUAGGUUGCUAGUCAGGGCUCAGUCGAAC